AUGCUUAUAGAAGCUUCACAAAAGGACUCGAAAGACGGUAGUUCGACGCCUGCUCCUGCCGGCACUUUGAUACCUACUAACCUCGUUCUUGUCUCGACACUCGACGGAUCUAUUCGUGGCAUUGACCGUUUUCAAGGAGACGUUCACUGGACUUUGAAAGGUGGGCCUGGAAGCUCACUUAUUAAAAGCAACUCGAAUUUUGAGACACACAAGUUAUACAGACCAGGUCCUACAACUGAACGACAAGACAGUGAAGAUGAAGAAACCAAUCCACUCUUUCUCGACACACUAAACGAUAUCAUGACUGACAAUGAAGAUUCAGACGACGAUUUCAACUUGCAAGAAAGUUGGGAAGACUCUGAAGUAGAAGACCCUGAUAUUUACUAUAUUAUUGAGCCUCAAGAAGGAGGCGUUUUGUAUCUUUAUGGUGAUGGUAGACCUCUAGAAAAGCUGCCCUUUUCAGUCAAGGAGAUCGUAGAUAAUUCACCCUUCCGUACGCCCGAUGGCACCACUUAUAUUGGAAGAAAAAACACCUUGAUGAUUGAAAUAGACCCAAGAAAUGGAAAAAUUUUACAACAAAUUGAUUUGAAUAAGGUCGAUAAUCAGUAUAGAAUGGCUACUACUCAGUCUCAGUAUUCUGCCAGAACCAUCUUUUUAGGCAGAAAUGAGUACAAAGUUACUAUUUAUGACGACCAUUACAAGAAAUUAUGGAAUGUUACUUAUAGUGAAUAUGUUCCCAACAAAUUGGACUGGGACUUACCAGCCAGUACUGUUCCUUCUGACAUUUACAUUGCACCUGAUGCCACGCGUGCUAUUACAGGUAUCAAUGUACAAAACGGCAACUUGAUGUGGACAAGAGAUUUGCCUUACCCUGUUGUCAACGUAUUUGAUGUCUACCGUAGAGAAGAUUAUAGUUUUGCUUUAACUAAACAAGAUCCUCCCAAGACAUUAUCCAAGGGAGAUGUAGGUGAUAUGCUAAGCAUGAUUUUCCGUAAACAUGAAAUUGCCACUGCUUAUGUGGGUGUACAUGAAGGCAGUCUGUACGCACUUUCUACUAAAAACUAUCCUCUUGUUCAAAUCUCUCAAUGGGCUUCCAUGUACACAGGAAGACGUCCUGGUGACACCAGUCAAUUGAUCGAAGAUGGUACCAAUCAUUCAAACAAGACCACUCACUCAUUUGAAUGGACUCAAAAACCACAUGAAAUGUGCUGUCAUGGCUGUGAAUACCAUAUCGACUGUAUGAUUGGACAGCAUGUUGUUCAGUCCGUCAUGGACGAUAUGGACGACGAAGACCACCCUCUGUAUCACCAUUCCAAACUCUAUUUACCCCCUUCUACACCUACAUCUACAGCCACUUCUUCAGGUGCUACAGGCACCGCACUUUCGUCAUUGCCUCACUAUACACAUUUAGAAAAUUUAGAAGACUAUGUUGAACCUAAGAGUGGGUUCUUCCAUGAUGGUUUUGGCAAGUUUUGGAAGAGUUAUAUCCUUGUUUCGUCCGUCAUUGUCUAUGUCUACCGUGAUCGUGUACAGACAUUUUAUCAAGUCAAGGUCCUUCCUCGCUGGAAACAAAUGCUCAAAAAACGAGCCAAAGCGAAAAAGACAAAAGCUAGAAUUGCUGCUGCUGCAAAAGCCGAGAAGGAGAAAAUUAAUCGAGAGCGUGCUGAUUCGUUGACUUCUUUGGAUAGUUUUGAUGUAGAUGGAUACAUCAAGGAAAGAAUGGAAGAAAGCAAGCGUGAAAAAGAAGCUGCUGUUUUGGCUAUUGUUGAACGACGUCUCAAAGAAGAAAGAGAACGAGAAAAGCAAGAAAGAGAAAAACAAGAAAAGGAACGAGAAAAAAAAGAAGAAGAAGAAAGAUUGAAGCGAGCUGCACAACAACAAUUGAUUGUAAAGAAGCAAUCCACUGGUUUGGAUCUUGAAAGCUUUAAGCAAUCAAAGUCUCGAGUACUGGAAAUAUCUGAAAAUGUCUUGGGAUAUGGUAGUCAUGGUACUGUUGUCUAUAAAGGCUCAUUUGAUGGUCGCGCUGUUGCUGUUAAGAGGCUCUUGCUGGACUUUUAUGAUGUGGCAUUGAAAGAAGUCAAAUUACUACAAGAAAGUGACGAUCAUCCCAAUGUUGUACGUUACUUUUAUAAAGAAGAGUCUGACAGAUUCUUGUAUAUCGCUCUUGAACUUUGUUUUGGUUCUCUUAAUGACUACAUGGAGCGUACACUAUCUAUACCCGAGAUGCAACUCUGUGAUGCAAUGAAUCCUGCCAACAUUCUCUCUCAAUUUACCUGUGGCCUUCAAUACCUUCAUUCUCUCAAAAUUGUACACCGAGAUAUCAAGCCCCACAACAUUCUACUGGCACCUAGCAAGAAUCGAUUUGUGAAAGAUGCACCUCAAAUGCGUGUACUCAUUUCUGAUUUUGGUCUUUGUAAGAAAUUGGAUGGUGAACAAAGCAGUUUCAAUUAUACAGCAGCUUCACCAGCAGGAACCUCCGGUUGGAGAGCACCUGAAUUAUUGGCGGGAGCACUGGCUGCUACUUCUUCUGACACCAGCUUUAGUAGCACUAGAGACUCUAUAUCAGAUCCCAAUACAAUGGUGGGACAUGUCAAGGCAACACGGGCCAUUGAUAUUUUCUCAGCGGGCUGUGUAUUCUACUAUGUAUUAAGUGGUGGUGAUCAUCCUUUCGGUAAUCGAUUCGGACGUGAAAAUAACAUUUUGAAUGGUGAUUUUGAUCUAAGCAAGUUGGAUUCUAUGGGUGAAGAUGGUGUUGAAGCCAAAGAUUUAGUAGAAAGAAUGAUUUCAGCAAAUCCCAAGUCAAGACCUAAUGCAGAUACUAUUUUGUCCCAUCCCUUCUUCUGGAGUACCUCAAAACGACUUACGUUCUUACAAGAUGCUUCUGAUCGUUUUGAAAUUGAAGAGCGAGAUCCUCCUUCUCCUCUUUUACAAGAGCUUGAAUCAGAUGCACCCAAAGUGAUAGGUGUAGAUUGGUACAAGCGUAUUGACCGUGUUGUGGCCAAUGAUCUUGGAAAGUUUAGAAAAUACGAUGGAAAACGUGUCCGCGAUUUACUUCGAGCUUUAAGAAACAAGAAACAUCAUUGGCAAGAUUUACCUGAUGCAGUCAAGAAAGUCUAUGGUGAACCACCUAACCAAUUUUUAUAUUAUUUUACUGCUCGAUUCCCUCAUUUACUUUUACAUACCUACUAUGUUGUUGCAAGCCAGCCUAGUUUGAAAAAAGAAGGCUCACUUGGACAAUACUUCUGA